AUGGGCAAAACAUUCCGCAUAAAAAGGGUCACUUCCCAAGGAUGGUCUGAAACAUGGGGUGUGAACUUCGCCUGGAUCCUGGUAGUCGUGGGCAUGCAUUUGGUGAAUGUGAUUGUGCAUGUGGAGUCAGCAUUCUGGGAGGCUUUAAAGGGCGCCAGAGUCGUAAUCAUCGGCUCUCGUGGAGAUCGGUUGCUGCGUCUUUCGUCACACCCAUCACGGCGUGAAGUGGCUCUUCGGCUGAGGCAUCAUGUACCCUCGAGACGAUCUGAGCCGAAAACAAAACAAUCUGCUGCUAAUUGA